UCUAGUAAAGAAGACACUUUUAGUAUAAAAGGGGAAGGCCAGUUUUUGAGGGUCAGACUGUUUUCGGACGACCUACCUAGCAAAAUGAAAUUCCUAGUCGCCUUCGCCCUGGCCGUGGCCUGCGUCCACGCUGACGUCUCCCACGUGGUUCACUCCGUAGACCAGACCGCCCAGGUCCUCAAAUCUGACGCUGACGUCCGUCCUGAUGGCUACAACUAUGCCUAUGAGACCAGCAACGGCAUCCAGGCUCAAGCUGAAGGUGUUGUCCAGGACGUGAACUCGGAAUACCCCAAGCAAGUUGUCCGCGGCUCCUACAGCUACCAGGGAGAUGAUGGCCAGGUCUACACCGUCAACUACGUCGCUGACGAGAACGGAUUCCAGCCCCAGGGCGCCCACCUUCCCGUAGCCCCAGCAGUUCCUGAGGCCAUCGCCCGCUCCCUGGAGUACAUCCGCACCCACGCCGCCCCUGAGGUCGUCCGCUCCGCCCCCGUCGUCACCCCCGUAGUCACCGCCCCCGUAGUAACCGCCCCUGUAGUCACCGCCGCCCGCGCCGUUGUCGCCCCCGCUCGCGUCGUCGCCGCCGCCUCUGCUAACUUCAGAAAGAACCAGCAGUUCGGCCGCUUCUAAAUCAACGAUCGAAACACAUUGACCACUGCCACUAGUUAAAAAAAUAAUAAAUGUAAUAGAUUGAA